AUGGACACGCAUCGUUUUUUCUCUUUUUCUUCUUCUUCGCUGAAGAGAAUGGUAUGAGGUGCCUUUGGAGCUUGUAGAAUGCACCCCCAAAAAAAAAAGAAAAAAGAAUGAAGAAAUCCUUGGUUAGCGUCUCGCAAAAAUGAAGCCCAUGAAGCAUUUCAAAGCUCAAACUUCGUUUAGGUAAAUGCUUUGCAUUGCAUGGCGGUGGAAAAAGCACAAACAUGGUUUUAUCAGUUAGGCCUAUUAUUUUUAGGAGAUUAUUUACUUCAUCAACCAUUGCUUACUCUGAAUGCAGAGACCUCCUGUUUUCGGAGGCAAAACCACCCCCAUUAGAGUUAGCUCAGAAAACCCAUUUAGUUAGUCAUGUAGAUAUGCUUGAAGUUAAUUCUCAGUUGAAGCAGUUAGUGAAAGCGGGUGAUUUGAAUGCUGCUCGUAGGAUGUUCGAUAAAAUGCCUCAUAGAGAUGAGAUUUCAUGGACCAAUAUGAUUUCUGGCUAUGUCAAUGCCUCGGAUUCUUGUGAAGCACUGGUUUUGUUUUCAAAUAUGUGGGUUCAGCCUGGAGUUCGAAUGGACCACUUUGUGCUUAGUCUUGCACUCAAGGCUUGUGCACUCAAUAUGAACUUGUAUUAUGGGGAACUGUUACAUGGGUAUUCAGUGAAAUCUAGUUUUGUGAAUUCAGUUUUUGUGGGAAGCGCCCUUGUUGACAUGUACACCAAGGUUGGUAAAAUUCAGAAAGGUUGUAGAGUCUUUGAUGAGAUGCCGGUAAGGAAUGUAGUAUCGUGGACUGCCGUUAUAACUGGGCUUGUUCAAGCUGGUUAUGCUAAGGAGGGACUGGUUUACUUUUCUGAAAUGCAGAGAUCAAAGGUGGAGUAUGAUUCAUAUUCAUUUGCUAUUGCAUUGAAAGCAUGUGCUGAUUUUGGUGCUCUGAAUUAUGGGAGGGAAAUCCACGCAAAAACAAUGAAAAAAGGGUUCAAUGAGAGCUCAUUUGUGGCUAAUACUCUUGCUACCAUGUACAACAAAUGCGGAAAAUUAGUCUACGGGAUGCGCUUGUUUGAAAAAAUGAGGACCCAGGAUGUGGUUUCAUGGACAACAAUUAUAACAACACUUGUUCAGAUGGGUCAGGAGGAGCAUGCAAUUGAAGCAUUUAUGAAAAUGAAGGAAUCAGAUGUUAGUCCAAAUGAGUACACUUUUGCGGCUAUUAUCUCUGGUGUUGCCAAUCUUGCAAUAACAGAAUGUGGUGAACAAUUACAUGCCCAUGUUUUACGUAUAGGUCUUGUCGAUUCUUUGUCAGUGGCAAAUUCCAUCAUUACCAUGUACUCAAAAUGUGGGCAGUUGACGUCAGCUUCAAUGGUGUUUCAUGGUAUGACCAGAAGAGACAUUGUUUCAUGGAGUACUAUAAUUGCAGCAUAUUCUCAGGGAGGUUAUGGGGAAGAAGCCUUUGAGUAUCUAUCAUGGAUGAGAAGAGAAGGACCUAAACCAAAUGAGUUUGCUUUUGCUAGCGUGCUGAGUGUAUGUGGAAGUCUGGCAAUUCUUGAGCAAGGGAAGCAACUACAUGCUCAUGUCUUGUCCAUUGGCUUAGAACACACAGCUAUGAUACAAAGUGCUCUAAUUAAUUUGUACUCUAAAUGUGGGAGUAUAAAAGAUGCUUCAAAAAUCUUUGAUGUGGCAGAAAAUGAAGAUAUUGUGUCAUGGACUGCCAUGAUUAAUGGUUAUGCUGAACAUGGGUGCAGCCAAAAAGCCAUUGAUUUGUUUGUGAAGAUACACACAGGUGGUUUAAAACCAGACUCUGUGACCUUCAUCGGUGUUCUUACUGCUUGUAGCCAUGCUGGACUUGUUGAUCUUGGCUUCCACUACUUCAAUUUGAUGAUUAAUGAGUACCGGAUAAAUCCUUCAAAAGAACAUUAUGGAUGCAUGAUUGAUCUCCUCUGCCGAGCUGGAAGAUUAAAUGAUGCAGAGCGCAUGAUCAAAAGUAUGCCGUUUCAACGGGAUGAUGUUGUAUGGUCUACUCUGCUUCGAGCAUGUAGGAUACAUGGAGAUGUUGACCGUGGAAUACGCGCUGCAGAGGAGAUUCUUAAAUUAGAUCCAAAUUGUGCAGGAACUCAUAUUACCCUGGCUAACAUUUAUGCUUCCAAAGGGAGAUUAAGUGAAUCAGCAAAUGUAAGGAAGAUUAUGAAAUCAAAAGGAGUGAUUAAGGAGCCAGGAUGGUCUUGGAUAAAGGUGAAGAAUCUGCUUUCUGCUUUUGUUGCUGGGGAUCGGUCUCAUCCUCAAGGUGAAGAUAUAUACUGCAUGUUGGACUUACUAGCUUCAAGGACAGAAAUUGCAAUUCAGGAAGUGGGUUCCCUUCUAAAUGAUGUGGAAGAUUAGCAGAAGGCAGACAUAUGCUUCACUAUCACAUUACAGAUUAACAUUAUCUCUUCAUGGUGCAAUUACUUAUUCAAGAAUCUCAGUUCUCAAAAAAAUAGCAUGGAGCCAGUUUUCAGUUAUACAGAUCACAAACAGAAGCCAAUUUUUGUAUCAAAUAUCAAUUGAACAUUUCAUGAGUAUGUGGAUGAGAUAUAGUUGUAUCUGGUUGCGAGAGGGUGAACAAAAAGGCUGGUUGUGCCUUGAAUUAAUAUACAAAGUCAAAUGAGAUGGCAUCUCUUUGGUUACAGCUCAAAGAUUGUGAUAAUUUGUAAAACUAGACCCCAUGCCACAUCAAAUGAUCAGUCUCAGGGACAGAAUGACACCAGACUUUGUGAAUAUGGUAUUCUCUAAUGGACCUGUGCCCAUCUGUGAAAGUGAGCCAUAUCAUUGUUCACUUGUUUGACUCCAAGGACUAACGAUUUUUGUCCAUUAUCGUUUACUUGACAAAGUUAACAUUAAUUUUAGCAGGGUUUUCAGAGAGCAUUGUGCUGCAGCAUUUGGGUCCAAGUAUGUUGGUUCUUAAGACUAAGCUCUCCCCUCUUUCUUUAUGGGAUUUUAGACUUAUUUGGUACAUGUAUUUUGGAGAUGUUGAAGGUGAAUCAUGAGUAAUCCUGAUAUAUAAAAUUGGAAGCAUGUUUCAGAAGAGAUAGGAGCUCAAAAAUGUAUGAAGGUCCAAGCAGGGGGAGUUUGAAGAAUGUAACCUUGCUCCUGGAUGAUGUGGUAACAGGUCCAUGAACGUAGGUUGAAUAAGAUUAAUAAUUACAGGCUAAGCCUGAGCUGGUGGAGAAGAUUCAGUAGUUCUCACUGAUUUAUCUUAAGAUGUUUUUUCUUACGAGUUUAAAUUUUAUCCUCUUAUGUUUUGUAUAGGUGGGAGGUCGUAUUGAUCUUCUUCUUUUUUUCGCUGUGUAUACUCAGAUUAUUUGGCCUGACAUUUUUGUACAAGGCAUACCAUUUUUAAGGGGGAAAAAAAGAGAGAAGAAAACAAUGAAAUAUGCAUUUUAAUU